GAGUAUUGCCUGUGACAGAUUGCUGAGACGUCUGUACAGCAAAUUCAUGCUUUUUGAAUUUCCUUUCUAAGACAGGUACAUUUGACUGGGAUUUGUAUAUGCAUCUGGAAUUACACGUUGGACCUAUUCAGAUAUUGUUAGUUCGGACGGGAAUAUUCGGUUGAUUUUUUUUAUGGGACUAUUGAAUUUGUGUUCAGCCAGUGCACGGACUGAGGGAUUUGAAAGCAAGGCUACACGCGCCUCUCCUGCUAUACGUUUCUGAUAGCUAAUGUAUCGCACAUUGGAUUAAACUCCAGAAAAGUUUAACGUUUUCACGGAUGCGAGCGGAAUUAGUGUCUGCCAAUAUUUUGCAAUGCGCUGAAUUCUGCUGGAUAUUGUCGCGCGGGACUCUUAGAAAAAAAAGUGCACCGGGGACGUUUUUGAAUUUCUGUUCUAUUGCGUAGCUACUACAGCAAGUAUAUGCUGGCUUUAAAUUGAUUCCGUAAAAUUAAACAUCUCAUAUUCUCCUCCCGCUGUGCGUAGCAAUAAUCUACAACAUUUUCAGUAAAAUGACCUGGAGCUGAGACUGGAGAUUGAGGACUUUCUCCGAACUAACAGAAGAGCGGUUCGGAUUGUCAGAACAUGAAGUCAGUUACAAGUCUGUUUGUUUUAAGUGUGUUGCUGUGUUCAACAACCGUGUCCUGGAGCGCGACUAUCAACAGCCGUGGAGUGGGCAUCUCUAAGGUGGGUUCCCAUGAAUUUGGGGGUAUAUACAACUUCAGCACUUUCCUGUUGGACCGUGAGUCUGGGAUACUCUACCUUGGCGCACGGGAUGCAGUCAUCGCCGUGGAUACCACAAACCUGUCAAAGAGGAAAACGAUUGAGUGGAGUGUUCCAGAAGAGAAGAGGAAAUCUUGUGUCGCUAAGGGAAAAACAGAGGACGAUUGCAAGAACUACGUCCGUCUGCUAGAGUUUUUGGGAGAUAGACGCAUAUAUGCCUGUGGGACGUUUGCCUUCGACCCCCAAUGUGCCUUUAUUAACAUCUCUUCAUUCUCUCUGGAGACGAAUGAGGAUGGUAGUGUGAAGAUGGAGACGGGGAAGGGGAAAUGCCCCUUUGAGCCCAGCCAGCACUACACUGCCGUCAUGGCAGGAGGGAUCCUUUACACUGCCGCCACUAGUAACUUCCUAGGCACAAUGUAUGACAUUUCCAGGGCAACGGGCAUGGAGCAGGAACGCAUCCGGACUGAGCAAUCUAUCAACUGGCUUAGUGAUCCAGAGUUUGUGAGCUCUGCCUUCAUUCAAGAGGAUGAGGAGAACAACCCUACCGGUGAGGAUGACAAAAUUUACUUCUUCUUCACCGAGGUGGCUAAAGAAUAUGACCUCUACACCAAGGUCAAAGUGCCCAGAGUAGCAAGAGUCUGCAAGUCUGAUGUAGGUGGUAUGAAGACUCUGCAGAGACGGUGGACGACAUUUCUGAAGGCCCAGUUGGUGUGUGAAGAUCGAGCAAGUGGACAGAGAUUUAAUGUUCUGACUGAUGUCUUCACUGUACAGCACCAGCCUGGAGACCCAAGCAGCACUCACUUCUACGGCAUAUUUACCUCACAAUGGGAACGGGAGGAGUUGUCUGCAGUGUGUGUGUACAGUCUGGAGGAGAUCACUAAAGUGAUGAAUGGACCCUUUAAAGAGCUAAAGAAGAGCUGUGAGAACUGGAUUAACCCAGAGCCCAUACCAACUCCACGACCAGGACAAUGUUUGAACAAUGCUCUAAAGCAGCAAGGCUUUGAGUCCUCCCUGAAGCUGCCUGAUAAAGUAUUGACAUUCAUGCGUGAUCAUCCGCUUAUGGAGAACAGUGUGGUGGCAGCGCCCCUGAUGAUCAGGAAUGGCAUCACAUACACUAAACUUGCUGUUACCUUAACAACUGCCUCCAAUGGCUCCAAACAACAAAUGGUCACUGUUUUACAUCUUGGAACAGAUCGUGGACAGCUGCACAAAGUUGCUGUGGUUGGUCCGAAUGCAACUCUUAUUGAAGAAGUCUCUCUGUUUUCUGCACAGGAGCCAGUGAAUAACAUAUUGCUAUACAAGGACAAGGCUCUGGUUGGUUCUCCUCUCUCUCUAGUGAAGUUACCCAUAGUUGGUUGUUCCUUCUACACUACUUGUGAGGUGUGUGCACGUGCCCAUGGCCUCGGCUGUGUAUGGAGCCAUAAAGAUGGAGCUUGUGCUAUGGCAAAGCCUGGAAAAGUGGUGGAGCCAGAGGAUUUGGCCAACCAAUGCAACAAAGAAGGUCUUUGCUCCCCACCUGUAAUUGAAAUGCGUGUUGAACAGGGCCUACGUGUUCUGCUUUCUUGUGUGCAAGUAUCUCCUCGCCCCUGCCGCUGGGACCAUCCUCCUCAAAGUCACACCCGCCUCCACAACUACGACCUGGAGGUUCAGGUCACACCGGAAAGCCUGGGCACCUACGUUUGCUUGUGUGAUGAGGUGGGGCGAGAUCAGCCGCCCUGUCGCAGAGCCGAGUACCAGCUCACCCUUGAAACCCCUCGCAUUGAGGGGAACGUAGCCAUUGCUGGUGGUCGUCACUUCCUGGUCUCGCACAUUAUUUUGUUUGUCGUAGGUUUUAUUAUGGGUGCCUUCAUCUUAUUUCUGGUCUACAAACAUCAAGGUGGCCUGAGAGGGGGUGGGCACUCAUCAUCCACAUUGGAGAAGGGGCGGGACUUGCUACCUUCCACAGACACACCCCAGUCUCCAAGCAGCGCCAGCCUGUUGUCAGAGGCCGUUCCGUUAACAGAGAAAAGGAACGGAACGAUAAAUGGGCACAGUGGACACAUCGUCCACACUGGUGGACACAACGGCAGGCAUAUUUAUGCCAACUCAUGUGGACUGAAGUUGCAGGAGUCAGCUGUUAAUUUGGCAGACGAGCUGGAUGGUAGAGAAAUGGUGGGGCCAAAGGGAGAGGAGGAUGGGCUUGGGGAGGUGCUGAGUGAGAUGGAGGAGGAGUUUGCUAAGCUGUCUUGUCUAAGAGGGGCACCACUGGCACAAUGCGAGGAAAGUUCUAUCUGAAGACAGGUGCGCACAUUAUUUUUGAGACCAAACUCUGUGAAAGGCUUGAGCGCACAGGCUCACAAACACAGGAAACAUGAGCAUUUGGUGUGUUUUUCCAGGUAUGGAGGGCUGGAGAAGAAGAGGAGACCAGACAAUCAAAGAAACUAAGACAUACAUUCCAAAUAUAUAAGAUAAACCCUAAGCAGUCGCACAGAGAAGCACACACUCAAUCGUAUGUGCAUACAGUACACAAAUCAAGUUUCCUGGAAGCUCCUCUGCCACUCCAUUACAUUGUCAUACAGUCCAUUCAUUCCUGUGUACAUAAAGUGAUGCGUGUAAUUCUGUGUUUUCGAUCAGACCAUUGUACAGAAUAACAAACAGGCCGUUUUUAUAGCCAGCGCUCAGCACUUUCAUGCACCAUUUUCAAAGCCGUGAACGCGUCCGUGUGUGUAGUUCUGUAUGCUUGGUCUGGUCAAAGUCCAAAAGGGUCUUUCAAAGUGAAAUGACCUGUCCGUAGACUAGAUCAACAUAGAAACCAGAGAAAUUUGCUCGUCCUGGACAAAUUACUGAAAAUAAGCCAAAAAGGGCUUUCUAGCAUGGAACUAAUGACUGAAUGACAAGAGACACUGGAAACCAUAAUGACAUCAUUUUGCCUUACAGAUAAAGUGAUAAUCUGAGUACUGCUAACAGUGGUACUGUGGCCUAUGGCAGGGCUGGAUUAAGCAGGACAGUGUCCCGGGGCCUCGGAUGGCCAGGGGCCUCCAAAGCCUCAAGUGGUGUGGCCCGAGACUGCCAGAGGAAGAUGAAGCUAUAGGGCCCCCAGGCCCUUGCAAAUCACACUAUGAAAAUAGUAAUUAAAAUAGAAAAAAAAAAAAAAAGGCUUUCAAAGAGGUGUGCGCAAGGGCCUGUGGUGGCCACAACUGAAUGGAGUGAGAACAUAAAGAGCAAGACAUAUGAAACUCUUUAGCAAUCUUCUGUCUCUUUAAAGAGUUAUGUUGUUAAACCUGUGAACUGACGGACUUGUGGACUUGCCACUGCCAAAUGAUUCAGCCACAUUCCCAGAGCAAGGUAGGAGAUGCAAUCAAGUAAAUAGCCAUUA